AUGGAGCUUGAAGUUGAAGACUUAGAACUGAGGAACCUAAACCAAAGAGCCGAUUCACAAAGUUACAAAAUUCCGGACGAAUCCAAGGUAAACGUAAAUGCAGCAGACAGCACGGAUGAUAAUCCACACUUCAACGUGUUAUUGUUGAAUUUUCGUCGCACUUUAAAAAUAAUGAGAGUCACUGGAACGUGCUACGGCAAUAUUGAGCUGGGUGGAAAUUCUGAAGGAAACAGGUCAAGUUUGUGGUCUCGGUUUUACUGUGUAAUAGUGCUACUGGGUCAGUGGGGUCUUGCAGUGCAAGCAUUAACAAGUCUUUUCAUCGAAGGGACAUCUGAAAUGACAAACUUUUACCUGCUACUUAUCUACAGCAUAUUUUAUCUACAAUGCGCAGUGGUCGCAACAAUCAGCGUAUCGAGAUUUUCAAAAAGGCAAAAUGAAUCACAUUUUACACAACUUACAGGAAACCUUAAGACAAAUGCUGUCGCUUUCGAUGGUCUUAAAAUAGCAUCAAUGACGAGAGUAUUGCUUUCGGCAUAUUUAUUUUCGUUACUUAACACUAUUGCCCUUUCACUGAUAGAUUUCUACGGAAAUGUGUCAAUAGCAAGGUACAGACCAUGGAAUGGCUCAUUUCUUUGCCGAUUUUUAAAUUUAUUUUUCGGAUUUUUCGCCAGCUGCUCAUGGUCUUUUCCGUUUGUGCUAUUUUGCGCAACAUGCGAGCCUUUAGCUGAAAUGUUCAACGCCCUGAAGAAGAAAGCGGCAUCGGAAAACAGUCUGUUUCUUCCCAUUAGCUCUUUGAGAAAGGAACACCAAAAACUAUGUGAAAUAGUCGCUUUGGCAGAUGAAGUAUUUGCACCUUUACUUCUGGCAACAUUAAUUUCGGACAUACCUCUAAUUAGCAUCAACUUACAUCGGCUAGUUAAAUCCCCUAGCUCAAGUAGAGAAGAGAUCACAUUUGUCUUAACCAUUUUUUAUUGGUGCUUGAGCGUGGCGACAAAAGUAACUAUAAUUCUAAAGUAUGCGGCAAAAGUAAACGAGAAGGUGGGUUUCUUUUGA